CAAAACAAAGUUUUUAAAUGAAUUUAAAAAUAUAAUUUAUAUGCUUUAAUUAAGUUAUAUAAAUAAAACGUUUAUAAAGUUGAGUUCUCCAGAGAUGUUAUCAGUCAUUUGAUGUUGAUAUUCAGAGGAAUACACGAUAAAACUGAGAACCAUUGAAAUAAAUGAAAAUCGGUCUCUAAAGUAAUUAAUUAACUUAACAAGAGAUGUUAAUUGCUUGCAUUAUGCUAACCGAGUGAAUUACAAUAACAGCAAAGGGAAAAGAUUGCUUAAUAUCGGCACAGUGAAUGUUAAAAAUAACUUCCGGAUCUAGAAUUUUAUGAAUAUUAAUUAACUGGAAUAAUGAUGCAGUUGAAUCAAAUUUGUCGUCUAUGCUUGGAGGAAAAAACAGAUAAUGAGACCGUUUUAGUGGACAUAUUCUCGUGCUUGGUUAAUGAAGCUGGAAAAGUGAAGUUAAUUGAGAAAAUCUUAUCAACUACGGGUGUAAAAAUUACAAGGAAUGAUGGAAGAUUGCCUUCAAAGAUAUGUCAUAAAUGUCUUGUUUCCAUCGAAUCGUUUGUAGAGUUUCGCGAUAAAGUUCGUAGAAGCGACGAAAAAUUGAGAAUUUUAUUAAACUUAGAUAGGAAUGAGGAACAAAGUAGUCAGGAUGUUGAUCCAGAGGAAUUAGAUGAAUUUGAGGAAAUCGUAAAAUUAGAUCCGAACAAAGUUUAUGAAAGUAGUGAGGAUGAAACUGAGCAGGAAACAUCACUAGAAUCCAGUAAACCAUCAAUAGCGGAACCGCCAAUAAUCCAGCAAGAGAAAAUUGCACCAUCAAAAGUUUUAAGCAAUACAGCAACGACGACGACAUCGAAACAAAGAAAGGAAAUAUUUCAUUGUAAAUACUGCGAUGUUGUAUUUUCCGAUUCUGUCUCAUGUACAAAUCAUGAGAGCUUCAAUCAUGAUCCAGUAAAUCCAUAUGAAUGCAAUAUCUGCUCAUUAAAGUUUAAUCAACAUCAAAACCUCAUCGUCCAUAUUAAAACAGAACAUAAUACUGACAAACCGUUUUUCUGCGUUCAAUGUUCAAAGAAUUUUAUUCGUAGAUCUGACCUGAAGAAGCACACAUUUGUACAUGCUGGAAUUAGGAUGUUUUCAUGUAAUUUAUGCUCGAAAUCAUUCACAAGGAGCACGAAUUUAGCGAAGCAUAAACGAACGCAUCAAGAAAUUCAAAAGAACUUUAAAUGCACGUUAUGUCCAAAAGCAUUUGUCAGUAAUGCAGAAUUAUCGAGUCACAUGGAAAUUCAUAUGAACCGCAAUACAUUUAAUUGUAAAUAUUGCAAUCAGGCAUUCACACAACGUGACGAAUUUGAUGUUCACCAAAAAACACAUAUUACACCGGUAAAAUCGUCACAAAUUACAAUUCAGCCACUACAACCAGCUCCAAUUGUAUUUUACAAUCAAAAUCCAAUAGUCGAACAACAGCAAUUUGUGCCACAGAAUCAAGCGCCAAUGAACUUUUAUACAGAAAAUGUUGAAUCAAUUCCACUACCGCAACCUCCGCAACAGCCUAAAAUCGAAUAUCCAAUAAUGAAUCAAUUGCUGACAAGUUUGCAUAAUUCAGUCUAUAAAUGUGAAAAAUGUUUUGAGCAAUUUCCAACAUCACAAUUACUUCUUAAUCAUCAGAAUUUAUAUCAUUCCAAGAACUUUACAUGUGGAAUAUGCAAUAGCUCAUAUUACAAGAAAAAGGAACUUGAUCGUCAUGUUAUAACUGCACAUACAGACGUCCGAUAUAAUUGUUCAAAAUGUAGCAAGUCAUUCUCAAGGAAAGAUAAACUUGCUAGGCAUGAAAAAACUCAUUUAAUUCCUGCUUUCUACAAUUGUGCACUCUGUCCUGCUGUGUUCAUCCGCAAACAUUUACUGGAUCUUCAUUCAAAGAUUCAUUUGAUACCAAAUCAAAAUAUACUGGAAAGUUCUGCAUUAGUCAAUAGCUUGAAUUUAGAACAACGUCCGCAAAUUCCUCAAGAUCAACCGAUGGCUAGUGAAAGUUUUAUUCCAAGCUUCAUAUCUCCUAUAAAGCAACGAUCUCCACUUGAUUUAUCGCCUAUGAAACAUAUUGAUCCACCUGCUGUAUUAUAUCCUUUAAAUUUGAGUCUAAAUCAACAACUUAAUCCUAUGAAUGAGCCUAUGGAUUUAUCUAAUGAUAAGUCAUACGAUGAUUGUGUAUCAAUCACUAAAAUUGAACCUGUUAAAAUUGACAUUGAGUCAGAUAAUGAUUUGAAAAUUAUUGAGAAUAAUAAUCAUGAAAAGGAAAAUGACCAGAAGAAAGUUGAAAUUACUGAAUCGAUGCCGAAUGACUUUAUUAGCCCAAAGACUGAAAAUUUGACAUCAGAUGAUGGAAAUGUGGAAAAUAUACAAAAUUUUAUGAAUGCAACGGGAGAUCAGAAAGAGGAUGCAAAAAUGGAGGAUUUAUCAUUUCAUAGUGUCACUUCGAGGCUGUCUGAUUUAGAUAAAUUGGAGCCGUCGAGGGAUCUGCCUAUGGAAAUUCUACAAAGUCCCGAUAUUUAACUUAUUUAAUAAAUUUUUAUUAGUUUUGUUUUCAAUUUCGUUAAUACUAUGUAUUAGUAAAUUUUACUAUGAGUAAUGCACAAUAAAGGCAUCAUUAGGCGGGAGACGUUUUCGAAAUAAUGACCGGAUUGUCU